CACUCCUGUUUUGACACUGAAGAAGGAUGCAGAUAUGCGGACAUGAAGUUGGUGGAAUGUGAAGAGGAUGAAGGACAUUGUCUUACAAAUACUUUUAGCAACACUAUGAUCUUUCCUUCAAUCAGCUUUACUUUCAAGGGGUGUGCAAGAACUGACCAAUGUUCUCAAGAUUAUUACAGCACCACAUCAAAAGAUGAAAGAUUCCUCCAGAUGAAUGUGGCAUGUUGUGAAAGUGAUGCUUGUAACACAGCACCUUUGCCUCAGCUCAUCCGUGGCAAGCAUAGACCCAAUGGAUAUGUCUGUCCAGGCUUCUAUCAACAAAAUGAAGUCUCCUAUGAAGGAUAUGGACCCAUCCUCUGUUAUGGUGAUGACACCCAAUGUUUCUCUCUGAACCUCAACCUAAAUGCACGGUCAGCAUUCAGGUCAACGGUCAUUGCCCAGGGGUGUACAACCAAGGGUGCAUGUUCCUACCCUACAGGAGAGAUAGAAGAAGCACAUGGACUACUUCAUUACAACCUUACAGUCUUCGAAUGCCAGAAUGCUCUUAAAAUUCAAGGAUAGAAUGGCCUGACUAUGAAGGACACAUAUGGAUGGGAAGA